AACUGCGCAUGUGCAGAACCACACAGAACAACACCUUGUCCAAUCCUUUAUUUAAUAGCCUUGGUCAUGGACGAGUUUGAAGAGAACACAGUGAAAGUGCCUUUCGGGUCAAAGUAUCUGGAUGCAGCCAUGUGCGUCCCCACCUCGGCUACAGAUGUUCACACAGCCGUCAUCCUCACGCACGGGGCGGGUGGAGACAUGAACUACAAACAUCUGGUUUCUCUGGCACGCGCCUCAGCUUCAAGUGGCUUCCUUUGUAUCCGUUUCACGUGUAAAGCUUUAAACUUAGGGUAUAAAGUAAAGGCCUAUCGUGCUGUGUGGGACUUCUUGAAAUCUCUACAGGAGUUUACCAUAAAGCACAUAUUUGUUGGAGGUAGGUCAAUGGGAUGUCGUGCUGCUGCAGCUUUAGCCAGGCAGCUGAGUGAUGAAUGUGAGGAUGCAGUGCAGGGUGUCAUCUGCCUGUCCUUCCCCCUUCAUCCCCCGGCACAGACGCAUGCCCAUCUGCAACGCAGUGAAGAUCUCAGGGGGCUACCGGAGCACCUGCCUGUGCUGUUUGUGUCAGGCACCGAGGACAACAUGUGUGACAGGGUCCUUUUUGAAGGGAUGGUCAAAGAAAUGAAAGCUAAAGUUGAGGUUUUCUGGCUGAAAGGAGGCAGCCAUGGACUGACGGUGAAGGGAAGGUUGGAGGAUUCUGUGCUGGAGGAAGUGAAUAUUCAAGUCAUCACCUGGAUGAGUAAACAGGAAGCAUAGAGUCAUUCAGUUGUUCUUUAUUUUAUUGUUUUGUUACGUUCUUUCUAAUACUUAAAUAAAGGAUUUAUAUGUUCAUAC